ACAAGUGUGAUCUCCGGAGCUGAGAAAUUCAUCGUAGAACAAUGAUCGGCCGCCAGCAUCGAGGACAGGGGACACUUCGGUCGAACAUAGGUCUGUUGGUAUUUCUAAUUUCUCACAUACACAUGCUCCCCCGGUGAGCUCGUAACUAAGGACGAUGCAUAUGGCGACACUUUACGUUAAAUGCAACCUCUAGCCUCCUUUAGUCGACCGUUGUUAUGACCGGUAUCAGAUGCGGCGUUUUGCAGUUGCCAGCGAGCUCUCCUUAUGGCACAGUCCGACAUGCCUUGCCAUCUGUGACUUGGUGUACUGCGGCUCAAGGGGGUGGCGGACUCAGAGAACCGGGCCGCUUCUUUGCUCUCGGCCCACCGCAUGGAUCGACUGUCCUUCUGAGCUUCUUUCGCUCCGCCCUGAGAUUCGCUUGCCAUGUACUGUAUACAUGUACGACUCCAAGAAACCUUCUGUGAACAACACGAGAUCGCCCUAGCUUCUGAUUUCGACGCUCGCUCGUUAAGGUGCCCCGCAAGUCAUCUCGGUUAUCUUUCUCAAGGUGGCUAAUUUGUACUCCAUGCACGACAAAGCGACCAUCGCGCAAGGCAAGCUCUACACGAGCUAUGGCGCAGUUUCGGCGGUCAUGUGGAUGUUGUAUGACACGGCGAUACACUUCGAUGUUGAGGUCGACUGUAUCUGGCGACGUCCACAAACUUGGGUAAAAUACGCGUAUGCCUUUGUGCGCUACAUACCAAUUCUCAAUGGAGGAGCUGUCUUGACGCUUACUGCUGAUCGUACGUACCCUUCGUCCGGAUGCCGAGGGUGGAUUAUCGACCAGCUGGUGGUCAUUGAGUGCGUGACAGUCGUCGUGGAGAUGAUUCUCAUUAUCCGAGUGUACGCGAUGUACAACCGGAGUAAGAUCAUAGCAAGCAUCAUUGUUUUGGGCUUUGCUGCAGAAGUUGCAUUAAUGGUUACCACGCUAGCACUGGUCAUCCCAAAGCAGACUUUCACUCCCGACUGCCUCGUCGCAAGCUCUCCGGGAAUUUACAUGGCUUAUUGGCUAUCUUCGCUGUUCUUUGAAACGUUCCUGUUCGUUCUGACGCUAUAUAAGUUCUUCCAAGGAAUUAAACUGGAAUAUCGUCAACACUCGAUACUCUUCCUCUUCGUCCGUGACGGCACCUGGGCGUAUGCUAUAAUCUUCUCCGCUAUGCUAUUGAACACUCUAAUGUACCAGCUCGUCACGACUCCUCUUGCUGGUAUGGGAUAUUUCUGGGCACUGAGUGUCAUGUCAUUCGCCGGAUCCCACGUCCUGCUCAACAUCCGGCGGCUUGGAAUACGAAUGAACAAAGAUUCUUCGUCAAUCCACGAGCUUUCCAGCUUCCCAGCUGGGGCAGUUCCAGACGGCUGGGACACUACUCGGCAGACCGAAACGAGCGACGGGUUUCCGAUGACAACCGUGGGUUUGCGUGCACGUCAAGGCUCUGUGUAGCGGUCUUGGGACGUGCUCUGUACUGCUGGCGAGUGCUUGCACUCCCCGUUCUUCUCACUGGCAUCACUUACCGCUCUCCUUGUCGCGGCCCUACCAGUGUCUAUAAGACUGUCUCUUCAAUUCAACCAGUCAUUACCAAUGCUCUUUUCCGUCCGUGCCAGUUUGCGGGCUUCCUGCAAGCCUUUCACCGAGAUUGGCCGUUGGACGCCGAUGCGGCUUCGUAUCCCACGAACAUCAUCGCUGUGCCGCAGCUUGUCAGGUAGGGAGCGCGUAUAGACAUGGCAGCAGGCUUGAAGAACUCGGCGAUGAAUGAUCUGACGGUGAGAUCACAAUGGCUGAUAUUAAUGUAGAUAUAGGCAUUUCUAUGCGCAUACGCAUCUUCCCACUGAGAUGGAGCAUCUCGUUGUUUGCAGAUGCCUGCCAAGACUGAUCGAAAUGCUGCAUCCCCGUUCUCAGUUCGUCUCCGGGAACAGAUUGUUCGCUCGGAGCACUGCGGUGUCU